AUGAUGCUUAAUACCAAAACCCACAACGCUGAUUCAAAAAACAACACGGGUGAUACGAGAAACAACCAUGCUGAUUCGAAACACAAUAAUGCUGAUUCAAAAAUGAACAUAGCUGAUUCGAGAAACAACCAUGCUGAUUUGAAAAAUAACCCUGAUUCCAAAACCAAUGCUGAUGUUCCUUCUCAUGGAGAUGGUGGUGGUGAUAAUAUGCCACCUUCUUCUGCAGCAGCUCAACCGUUGGAGAGACAACGUUCUCAUAAUGGCAGCAAGGUGUACAAGAGCGGCCCACUAUUUUUGUCAUCAAAAGGGAUUGGCUGGACUUCUUGGAAGAAAAGAUGGUUUAUUCUAACAGAAACCUCAUUGGUCUUCUUUCGAAGUGAUCCAAAUGCAGCACCUCAAAAGGGGGGUGAGUCGAAUCUGACCCUUGGUGGCAUAGACCUCAACAGUUCAGCCAGUGUCGUAGUGAAAGCAGACAAGAAGCUCUUGACGGUGCUAUUCCCUGUUGGUCGUGAUGGGAGAGCGUUUACUCUUAAGGCUGAAACUACGGAAGACUUAUUCGAGUGGAAGGAUGCAUUGGAGGCAGCUUUGGCAAAUGCUCCAAAUGCAGGUACAGGACCAGGGCAAAACGGGUUAUUAAAAAAUGAAAAAGGUGAUGCUGCUGAUGGUUCUCAGGAACAGUCAAAAGACCAACCACCAGCAAAAUCAGUUGUACUUGGUCGACCGAUCUUACUUGCAUUGGAAGAUAUAGAUGGAACUCCGUCUUUCUUAGAGAAAGCCCUUUGUUACGUGGAAGACUAUGGAGUCAGAGUAGAAGGAAUCUUGCGGCAGGCUGCAGAUGUAGAUGAUGUUGAGCGUCGAAUUCGAGAAUAUGAACAAGGAAAAACGGAGUUUACUGCAGAUGAAGAUGGGCAUGUUAUAGGAGACUGUAUCAAGUAUGUUCUUCGUGAGUUACCAUCACCCCCAGUCCCAGCAUCCUGCUGUGCUGCAUUGCUAGAAGCAUAUCGAUCUGAUCGGGCCACAAGAGUCAGUGCCAUACGUGCAGCUAUUUGCGACACAUUCCCAGAACCUAAUCGCCGUUUAUUACAGAGGAUAUUGAUAAUGAUGGAAGCUGUUGCUGAGAACAAGGCUGUGAACCGAAUGAGUGUUUCAGCCGUUGCGGCUUGCAUGUCACCACUACUUCUUCGACCCCUUUUGGCUGGUGAAGUUGAUCUCGGAAAGGGAUCCGAUAUGGGUAGUGAUGGGUCUGGUCAACUUUUACAAGCAGCUGCAGCAGCUAAUCAUGCUCAAGCAAUUGUUAUCAUCUUGAUAGAAGAAUAUGAUAAAAUAUUCGGGGAAGAAGACAUGUUAAGUGAUCUAUACUCCGACUCAGAUGAUUAUGGAAGUGAGAGUGAAGAUCUUAGUGCUGAGUACUAUGAAGAUGAUGACUACUAUGAAGAAGACGAUGAUGAUGAUGAUGCUGACAAUGGUUCUUGCUCAUAUGAAGAUUCAGAACAUAGAUCAAGUACUGGCUGUAGUGAGAGUGGAGACAGUUCUCGAGAUCACACCAAGGGUUUUGUUAGCACAAAUCCAUUUGAUGACGAUAGAAGACAUGCUAUUCGUCGACGAUCUAGUUCAAAGAAAUCAUCAGAGUUGGCGAACAUUGAAUUUGUAACCGAACAACAGGCUGAAAUAUUGAGGCUUGAGGUCACUAAAAUUAAACUGAAAGAGAUAAUUGAAGCAGAGGCGAGACGAAAUGACAUUCUGAAAGAGGACUUAGUGAGCAAGAAGAAUGCUUUAGAGGCGCGACGUGUAGGUCUUCUGCAGGAGGUGUCAAAACUAGAGGAAGAGUUGCACAAGUCGCAAGGAACCAUUAGCGAUGAAAAAACAAAUGCAGAUCCAGACGAUAUUAUUAUUGACGAGGCAGAGGCUGAUGAUCCUGGGUUACAGCAAAAUUGUAAUUAUCAACCACCAACGACGACUCAAGAUCAUGGAAAAGUAAAAGAUAAAGACAAGGAUCGCGAAUCUACAACUAGAAGUAAGGACACAAAGGAAGAUGGUGAUAGUAAACAUGAUUAUUUUCAUUCAUUUUCUAACAAGUUAACUCCAAGCUGGCAUUCUGAUUCAGAUCGCAAUGAACGCAGUAUGAGCAAGUCUACGAGCUCUAGAAAGUCUCAUUCAAAGGGGGAGGCAGCAAAUACAAGUUCAGCCCUGUCGAAAAUUACAAACAGGCUCAACUUCUUGAAAGAAAAACGCAAUCAAAUGACUGAUGAACUGCAGUCGGCGGAUAAAACCACCCACAAUAAUCACAGAGGCAGUCGAAAAUGGUCGGAUGAUGAAUCGGAUAAAGGAAAAGAAACUUGUGUCCAACAAAGGGAAUUGGCUUCUGGAAGAUCAGAAGAUCAAGGAAGAUGA